AUGCUUACACCAGAUACGGUUCGUGAUACCGUUUCAGAGUUUCAAAGGACCCCCAUUAAGGAUGAUGUGGAGUUUGGUACUUUGCAGUUAGAAAAGCAGAGAUUAGAAUCUUUAUUGCUUAGGAAAAAGUAUUUGCUGAAGAGGUUACAGUUACUGUACCAACAUCUCGACAAGACGAGAAACUAUCAAGAGUUUGUUGACGUUUUGAUGAAUAGUAAGACUCUUUUGAGGGAGGUCUUCACUCUAGAGAGCCAGACUAGAAAAAUGCAUUUGGGAGAAGUUGAAAUGGAUUGGUCAAGAUUUUGUAUUGAUAGUAAUGAAUAUAUCAACCAAAAUGAUGAACUGAUCGCUCUACAGAAUGCAGGCUUUCUAUAG